AUGCCGGCCCCGCUCCACCUGCUGCUGCCGCUGCUGCUGCUGUGGUGCCACGCGUGGGCGCUGCCGCGGGACGCGCACACGCUGCUGCCCGCGCGGCUGCCCGCGCCGCCGGGCCGCCUCGCGCUGCGCCUCGCCGCCUUCGGCCAAGUGCUGGCUCCUCAGGAGAAAGGAAAACGAGCAAGCCACGUGCUGACACUGAUGGCCGUGGCGGCCGACAUCUACCGGCACCCGAGCCUGAGGAACGCCGUGAACCUGGUGGUGGUGAAGGUGCUCGUGGUGGAGGACGAGGAGGCAGGACCGGCCGUCUCCGACAACGGCGGCCUCACCCUGCGCAACUUCUGCGACUGGCAGCAGAAGUUCAACCCGCCCAGCGACCGGCACCCCGAGCACUACGACACGGCCGUGCUGCUCACCAGAAAGGACUUCUGUGGCUACCAGAGCUGCGACACGCUGGGGGUGGCCGACAUCGGCACCAUGUGCGACCGCAACAAGAGCUGCUCGGUCAUCGAGGACGAGGGCCUGCAGGCCGCCUACACGCUGGCCCACGAGCUCGGGCACGUGCUGAGCAUGCCCCACGACGACUCCAAGACGUGCGAGCGGCUCUUCGGGCCGCCGGCCCCGCACCACGUCAUGGCACCGCUCUUCGUGCAGCUCAACCGCUCGCAGCCCUGGUCGCCCUGCAGUGCCGCCUACCUCACCGACUUCCUCGACGGCRGCCACGGCGACUGUUUGCUGGACGCGCCGUCGCGGGCGCUGCCGCUGCCCGCGGGGCCGCCGGGCCGCGCCGCGCUCUACAGCCUGGACGCCCAGUGCCGCCACGCGUUCGGCGACGGCUUCGCCCACUGCGCCAACGCCACGGCCGGCGGCGCCUGCGCCCAGCUCUGGUGCCACCGCCGCGACGGCGCCGGCGCCACCCAGGCCCUCUGCCACACCAAGAACGGCAGCCUGCCCUGGGCCGACGGCAGCCCCUGCGAGGGCGGCGGGCUCUGCUGGGACGGCCGCUGCGUCCCGCCGGGCGCCCUGCAGCCCCAGCCGCCCGUGGACGGAGGUUGGGGCGCGUGGGGCGCGUGGGGCCCCUGCUCGCGCACGUGCGGCGGCGGCGUCCACUUCUCGCAGCGCCUCUGCGACAGCCCCCGGCCGCGCCACGGCGGCCGCUACUGCGAGGGCCAGCGCGCCCGCUACCAGUCGUGCCGCACCGAGGAGUGCCCCCCGGGCAGCACGAGCUUUCGGGAGCAGCAGUGCGCCAAGUACGACGGCUACAACCUCACGGACGCGCGGGGCGAGCGGCUCGCGUGGGUGCCCAAGUACGCGGGAGUGUCGCCGCGGGACCGCUGCAAGCUCUUCUGCCGCGCGCGCGGCCGCAGCGAGUUCAAAGUGUUCGAGGCCAAAGUGGUGGACGGGACGCUGUGCGGGCCCGAGACGCUCUCGGUGUGCGUGCGCGGGCAGUGCGUCAAGGCCGGCUGCGACCACGUCGUGGGCUCCCCGCGGAAGCUGGACAAGUGCGGCGUGUGCGGCGGCGACGGCUCCACGUGCCGCAGGAUCUCCGGCUCCCUCAACCGCUCCAAGUACGGCUACACCGACAUCGUGACCAUCCCCGCGGGCGCCACCAACAUCGACGUGAAGCAGCGCAGCCGCGGCGGCGUGCGCCACGACGGCAACUACCUGGCGCUGCGCACGCCGGGCGGCCGCUACCUCCUCAACGGCGGCUUCGCCGUGUCGGCCGCCGAGCAGGACAUCCCGCUGGCGGGCACCGUGCUCAAGUACAGCGGCUCCAUGACCGCCUUGGAGAGGCUCCAGAGCUACCGGCGCCUGCCGGAGCCGCUCACCGUGCAGCUGCUGAGCGUGGCCGGCGAGCUGCAGCCGCCCAAGGUCAGGUACAGCUUCUUCCUCCCCAAGGACGUGCCCUUCGGCAAGGGGAAGGGGCAGCGGGAGACGGCGCCCAACGCCAUCUGCCCCAUGGCGGCCGCGGAGAGCGGGCGCUGCGUCGGCUCGCACAUCCCUUGGGAACCGAGGGAUUAAGCCCUCGGGAAACGGAGGGGUCUCUCGCCUGUUCCCGGAGCUUUUCCCGCUCCGUGGCUCCCUCUGGAUGCUGGUUUUGUGGGAUGUUUCCCCCCUGCACUCCAAGCCUUCCCUUAGGAACACGUAGCCGGUGUAAGUCAGAGAGAUUCUUUAUCAGGAUAUAUAUAUAUAUGUGUGUGUAUAUAUCA